GGGGCGGCGGCCUUCAGCCGGGUACUUUUCUCUCCCCGCGAGCAGAAGUGGUCCAAAGGGAAGGUGCGCGACAAGCUCAACAAUCUCGUCCUCUUCGACAAAGCGACCUACGACAAGCUCUGCAAGGAGGUGCCCAACUACAAGCUCAUCACGCCGGCCGUGGUCUCCGAGAGGCUCAAGAUCCGGGGCUCUCUGGCCCGGGCCGCCCUCCAAGAGCUGCUUAGUAAAGGUCUAAUCAAGCUCGUGUCCAAGCACAGAGCCCAGGUGAUCUACACCCGCAACACCAAGGGAGGUGACGCACCAGCUGCUGGGGAGGAUGCUUGAGAAGGAUCAGAAGUGAUGCUUAAAUUCUUGUGUAUGUUCAUAAAAAUAAAAUAAUUGAACUUUUCAGACU